CUGAACUCACCCGGGUAUCCUGGAAGCUACUGCAAACAGACAGCAUGCGAUCCUUCUUUCUCCUGGUCACCCUGCUUUGUGUCGGCGCGGCGCAGGCACAGUUAAUACCCAGCGCGGUCUGGCAAUUCAGGAACAUGAUCAUCUGUGUAAUGCCCUCCAGCUGGCCCCUCCUCGAUUACAACAACUACGGCUGCUACUGCGGGUUCGGGGGCUCUGGGACCCCCGUGGAUGAGCUGGACAGGUGCUGCCAGGUUCACGACAGCUGCUACAACGAGGCUCUGCAGCACAAGGACUGCUGGCCGAUAUUCGACAACCCGUACACCGAGAUCUACUCCUACACCUGCCGCGAAGCCACUGUCACCUGCAGCCCCAAGAACAACCCCUGUGAAGCCUUCAUCUGUGAGUGUGACAGGCAGGCAGCCAUGUGCUUCUCCACAGCCGAGUACAAUGAGGAGAACCAUGGGAUUCCCAGCAGGCUCUGCAAGGACUGAAUACAGCCAGCCAGCAACCUUUAAUAAAGCAAGGAAUGAUUCCCUGAGCAAGCCCUGCCUGAUGUCUCUCAUUGAACUGCUCUCUGUCUCUCUGUCUCUCUCUCUCUCAUGAAAUAAACAGAAUGAUAUUCGUGA